GAGACAGUUAAACACCACAGAGCCCUACAGAUUGUGUUGAAAAUCUGGAAAGGAGGUACGAUCUAGGUUGUUCCAGAAACCACGGAGCUCUGAGUCUGUGAGCCUGAGACGAUCCGCACUGGACUUGAAUGUCAAGAGGGUUAAAAAAUAUUUUCUGAUCAAUCAGUCGGCACAUUUUUGAACCAAUAAACCAUUUUAGGAUCUGAUAUUAAUUCAACAUAUUUUGCCUGAGACGUGGUCAACCAUUACCAAGAAAGUAACACCGGUGGAAAUCUGAAAUCUUAACCCAGUUUCCGUACGGAUUGUAUCGAUCAUGGCCAAGUGGGGCGAAGGAGACCCUCGGUGGAUUGUCGAAGAGAGACCAGAUGCAACGAACGUCAACAAUUGGCACUGGACCGAGAAAAAUGCCUGUCAAUGGUCGCAGGAUAAGUUAAAGGAAUUAUUUGUCAACCUAGUUAUUCAAGGAGAUAGUGUGAAAUGCAAGGUGACAGAGUUUGAAAAAUGUGAAGGAGAAGCUGUUGCCAACAAUAGGAAAGGGAAAUUAAUAUUUUUUUAUGAAUGGAAUUUAGUACUCAAAUGGGUACUUGAAGACAGUGGAGAAGAAACUAUUGCCGGGAAGAUAAAUAUACCAAAUUUGUCUGAAGAAAAUGACGUCUCAGAAGUCGAUAUUGAAAUUACUCUAAAAGAUAGUACAGACAAAGGGGAAGCAGUAAAACAUUUUCUACAUACCAAAGGAAAGGAUACAAUUAGGGAAAAAUUAGUUCAAUACGUAUCGUCGCUGAAAGAAGAGUUCAGCAAAGGCAUGAUAUUGCCGAAGAAAGAAAGCAUGAACGAAAAAAUAUCCAACAUGACGUCUGGGUUUGAUGCUAAGAUGCAUAUGAAUACUGUUGUCGAAUCGAAUAGUGAAAAACUUGGUUGUAAAAUAACAACAACAACCGUGAAGCAGCAACAAAAAUUCCAGUGCCGAGCAGAGGAGUUCUACAACAUGUUCACGUCUACUGAGAUGGUUCAAGCUUUCACAAAAGGCCCGGUGAAACUGGAUGCGAAAAAGAAUGGAAAAUUCGAAUUGUUUGGAGGAAAUAUACAUGGAGAAUUCGUUGAGUUAUCGCCGUCUAAGAUAGUACAAAGCUGGCGAUGCAAACAGUGGCCUGCUGAGCACUAUAGCAAAGUGACACUUGAAAUAAAUGAGAAAAAUGACCAUACCGAAGUCAAAUUAACUCAAACUGGCGUACCAUCAAAUGAAGCAGACACCACGAAGGAGAAUUGGGAGAGGUACUACUGGGAUGCUAUCAAGAGGACGUUCGGAUUUGGUUACUUUAUGUGAUUCGUAGUCGCAUGUACAUUAUUUUGUGACUAAUAAUAUUUAUUUCCAUCAGUUCCAUCGCGAUACAAUUAAGCAUAUAAAUUCCGUAAGCCUGUCAGUGCUUCGAUUUAUUUCAUGUAAAUUUAACCCGCUUUCACGCGAGCGCUCGGUAUUGUAAUUUAUAAUGUACAACAAUAUCUCCACAUCAAGCAUAUUUGUAAUAACGUAGCUUUACAUUUUUUUGUUAUAUGAUUAUUAUACAUGACUAGAAUAAUAGAAACAGAACGACCGUCGGUGGAAAACUUUUCAACCUGGAAAAUCGCAUGGAUAUUAGAUAAACUGAAUUCCUUUACAGUUUACAGA